AGUACAAGUUCACACAACAGAGAGAACAGGCUGAUACAGCUAAACUGAGAUUUUCACCUACUGCUGUACACGCUCCCACACUUCAGAAUGGCUGCCCCUCGUCUCGCUCUGUCCGUGUUUGUGCUGAUGCUGGCUGUCAUCACUCUGAGCGAAGGUCUGCGUGGUCCUGGACCGAAGAGAUGCUGUUUUAAUUUCAAUGAGAAACCGGUGCCUAAAGAGCGAGUGGUCAGCUACAUCAGGACCAGCCAGCAGUGCUCCAACCCUGCCAUCUUGUUGAAGACAGUGAAAGGUCGUCAGCUGUGCGUCAGACCUUCAGCCCCUUGGGUGAAGGAGCUCAUCAGCUCCCCGAACACCAAAUCUGUCCUGGGAGAGACGUCCAACCUCUAAUCAUGGCAACACCAUAUCCACUCUCAGCGCCUCCUAUGAAAAAAAUUGUGCCAGUUAAUGUGUAGUGGUGCUGCAACUUUUCAAACUAUACCUUUCAAAGAAGCGCCGACUACAAAUAUAUUACUCCACCAUAAGAUCUGCAGGGGGCGAUCAUAAGCUAAACAGCAGCUCUCUCUAUCUAUAUGCAAAACAGAUGCUAUGUAUUGUCAUAUUUUGUAACAUACUCAUGGAUACAAUUUGCUGAGAUGAGACACAAAGCCUACAUACAAUGUUACAUUUUUUUCCUUCCAUAUAUAAGUAAAAAUGGCAGUUUUAAGUUGCCUUUCUUUUAAUAUUGACAUGUAGACCAUAUUUUUAUUUUUACAUUUUCAACAUUUCUGAUUUUUGUUUUAGUAAAUGGAACAAUAGCUAUAGUUUUAGCUCAAUACAACACUCAAACUCCGACCGUCAACACUGUGAACUGCUGUUAUGAUGUAAUUUGAAUUGACUUACAGAAACUACAUUCACUGUAAAAGAGCAAAGCCUCCCAACGCCACUUGUUGUCAUCAGUAGAGUAUAAGCUAUGGGUUACUCAACUAUUUCUACAAUGACCCACUGUGAGCUCUUUUGCUUGUUUCUGAACAAACUAAAGUAUUUUUUUUUCUGUUUACAAUUAUUUUUUGAACUCAGUGACUUACUACAGAUAAGUACUGCAAUUUGACAAAAAUAAAUAUUUAUUUCUGUAUGCUUAUGCUACUAAUUUGAUUCUCUUGAAUAAAGCAAGACAAUAUGUCAAUGUUU